GCCCGGCCAGCAGUGCAUGAGGCAUCUUUGCAACUCGCAGUGGUUGGGGACCGAGGAUUUCUGACUAACUUGAUAUGUUAGCAGUUCCUCGAGAUCUGUCUUUGCGCGUCUUCCAUCGCCUCGGGACCAAUCAGUUGGUGGUGAGCUUGCAGAUUCUGGAAGGGGACGAUGCCUUCACUCGCAUUUUGCAGACCUUUCGCAAGGCACACCUGCCGAGUUGCUUCCUGCGGCCGACUUUGGAACACGUGGCUCUGGCAAUCAGAGAGUCGUUAGGUGAAGAGAUGGAGAUCACGCCGGAUGUAGUGCCCUUUGAUCCGCUUCCCUUCACAGAUCCCUUGCUUCACAAAGCAGAACGGUUGCCGGAGAGCCCGUUGGAUCCCAGCUGCUUGCAGUUGAGAGGUGCUAUUCCACCAGAUUUGUGUCCUUGGGGCCUUCAGUUUUCCUCCGGUUCCACUGGUGGAUCUAUGACUUUUUGGUGUGCCUAUGAUUUCCUGCUUCGACACAGGCCAUCCUUUUUCCGCACCAUUGGAACCCUGGAGGAGUCGUACCUCCAGGCCAUCCGUGAGCUUGUCCUGGGCCGUGCCGUGGCGGUCUCCGAGCUGCAGCGCUGCCAGAGCAUCGAAAUGGAGCGCCUCAGGCGCCAGAGCGAGGAGGCAGCUGCUGAGAUGCCAGAGGUACAGGUCUUGGUGGGACAACACGUCAGUGAGAUCGAUGCCUUGGAACGCCACUGGCAGAGUGAGAUUGAACAGCUGAAGAUGAAGCAAAAGGCAUCCUACCGGGGCUUGGUCGUUGACUUUUUUGAACAGGAGGUCUUGGGGGACGGGGAGAUAGCGGCAACUAGUGGGCCACCUUCCGUGCCAGACGACCAAAGGAAUGCUUAUUUAGCUUGUCCGCUACAUCCCAAAGCAUGGACAGAUAGACAAUCUAAAGCAGCCGGGUCAGAGCCGGAGGUCGGUGAAGAUAGCCGUCUGACAAAGAUUUCUGAGGUGCGCGCCACAUUUGGGCGUAAUGUGUUUUUCGUCCUUCGGCUGUUUGUGGGAGAUGUGAUGGAAUUUGCAGGUGGCAUUACCGAAACAUCUGCAGAAAAUGAUGCAGACGGAGCAGGUCCGCAACUCCCCAGCGACUUUAUGGGCCUUGAAAGCUACAGAUGUGAUUCCUACACAAGCUCUCUUGCAGCGUGUCAGAGCCAAGAUAUAACGAUUCAGUCAGCGCCAGCCAUGUCGCAGACUUCUGAGAACUCUUUCAAGUCUUCUUCACUUGGCUUUUGGCAAAGUCAGAGCUUUCCUAGGUUGCAACUGUCCCCCAGCGCGUAUUCCGACAGACUUCGCGCAUUGAUCAUUCCAACCCCAGCCAACCUUCAGUUUGACACAGUCCAAGUUUCCAUGCUCCGAGAUUUCGAAGCUCGGUGCCAGCGCAUGACUGACUUUCAUUUCCCUCCCCUCAAGGACCAGUUCGAAGCAGUGAAGCGAGUUGGCGGCGUGUUCCGCCCAGGUGACUACUUCUGCACGAGACAUUCGAAUUUGGGUCGACUUCAUGCAGCUUUUCAUCUCCUGGUGGCUGCGGAUGCUCACUCCGCCGAUGAGUUGCCAGCUUCUCUGCACCGGGCGCUCCGCCGGAUUUUCUCGGAGUGUCACCGCUGCCACGUGGCAGAGGUCACAUUGCCCCUGCUGCUGCUGGACAUUGGCACCUCCGACACCUCCCUGCCCUUCGCGGUGGCCCAGCGCCGGGCCGAACAAUCUCUGCGAGCCUUGAAGUCCGCACUAACAGAGCUGGCAGAUGAAUUGUCACCAUAUGAAGCACCGACUUUGAACGUGGUGAAUUUGGUUUUGCCCAUCUCUGCACUGCAAAGCGUGGCGAAAGGAACAUCAAGUGUCGCAAGCACAACUCAGAGCUUUCUGCAGAACUCCUUUCAGUGCGUUUGAGGGAGAAAAGGUGAAGGGAAAUGGGAGGAGAAACGCCAAGCCGGUUCCAGAAUGCUC